AUGGAGAGUUUAAUGACAAGAGCCUUAGGAAUGUUAUGGGACCUUAAAGAAGACUCAUUCAAGUUCUCAAUCGAGCUCAAGGAUAAUCCAUUCACCAGAAGAGGAUUGUUAUCAACUAUCUCAUCAUUAUAUGAUCCCCUUGGGUUGCUCUCUCCAAUCAUCUUACCAGCCAAGAAACUGUUACAAGAAUUGUGUCAAGUUGAGAGUCUGGACUGGGAUGAGAGGAUUCCAGAUGAGCCAGCUGAAAGGUGGCAACAUUGGAUACAAGGUCUUCAUUUACUGGAGCAGCUUUCAAUACCAAGAUGCUUCAAGUCAAGUGGUUUUGGUAAUGUGACAGGUUCAAGUCUUGUAUUAUUCAGUGAUGCAAGUACAGUUGGUUAUGGUGUUGCAGCAUAUCUUGUUCUUCACGAUGGAAACCAAGUUCAGUCAAAUCUUGUCAUGGGAAAAUCAAGAGUAUCUCCCAAAAAGGUGGUGACUAUACCUAGGUUAGAACUUACAGCUGCAACUGUGUCUGUCAAGGUUGCUCAACACAUCCUGAAGGAGUUGGAGUUUACUGUUGGCAAGGUAGUGUACUACACAGAUUCAACAACAGUCCUUCACUAUAUUCAUAGCAACACUAAAAGGUUCCCUGUUUUUGUAGCUAACAGAGUCAGGGUUAUAAGAGACUACUCCCAGCCGGAGCAAUGGGGAUAUGUAAACUCCAGUGAUAACCCUGCUGAUGUGGCAUCAAGAGGUAUUAGUGUACAUCAGUUUUUGCAGUAUGAUAAAUGGUUUCAUGGCCCAUCAUUUAUUGCAUCUGAUUAUUUGCCUUCACAGGAGUAUGUUUGUGCAGAUUGUGUUGAUGGUAAGAGUGAACAUGUAUCUGCGGUCACAAUUUCUGAAGAACAUCAUGGGUUUACAAGAUUGAUUGAAUAUUUCUCUUCAUGGUCAAGGUUACAAAAGGCAGUUUCUGUAUUUCAACAACUAAAGUCAAUCCUUAGUGGUAAAAGGAAAGGUUGUGUAACCACUGAUGCGGAAAGGGCAAUCAUAAUGUAUGUUCAACGGGAGGCGUUUGGUGAUGAAGUGAAGGCUUUAUCAAGGGAAUUGUCAGUUGGCAAGAGUAGUCCAAUUUAUAAGCUUGAUCCCUUUCUUGAUUCUGAGGAUGGCUUAUUGAAGGAAGUUGAAAGAACCAGCUUUGAGUCAAAGAUGGCUGAUCUUCCAGCAGACAGAUUGGAACCUUCACCACAAUUCAGUAAUGUUGGUAUUGACCUCUUUGGACCCUAUUACAUCAAGGAAAGAAGAAAGGAGUUAAAGAGUAGUAGUAGUAGUAGUAGUAGUAGUAGUAGUAGUACUACUACUACUACUACUACUACUACUACUACUACUGUUAACGGAAUAAAGGUUAAAGUUGAGUUUCUGAGUUUGUGUCGCCCAUAA